CUCCCUCUUGUUCUGGAGGAGGAGGAAGCCAGGAUGACGAUGAUGGUGGUGGCCAUGAUGGUGAUGAUGGUGGUGGCCUCUUCCUCCUCCUCCUCCUCCUCCCCACUGCUCCUCUCCUGCCUCCUGGGCCACUUGGGGGUCCUUUGGGCGACCCCAGAAGUCGGGGGCCAAGCCCAGGUGGAGGUCCAGCUACUCCUUUCCCCCGAGGAAGAGGAAGGAGAGGAGGAAGAGGAGGAGGGAGGAGGAAGCUCCACCACUUUGCAAGGCUCCCUUCUCUUCCUCCGGAGGGAGGAGGAAGGAGACCCCAACAACAACAACCACCACAACAGCCCCCUCCGGGGAAGCCUGGUCCUGGUGGGGGACACGAACCCCAAGUUGGAGGACAAGGAGGACAGCUGGAUCGGUGUUGUCCCAGUGGGCGAGGAGCAAGCAGAGACCCCCAAGGGCGGCAAAGAGGAGUCCUUCACCACCGCAGUGGUCAACAAGAUGAAGAGAGCCCUUUUUUUGGGUGCUUCUGCGCUACUCAUCCUUGCGCUGAACCAAAACGCCAUCCGAGAGUUAGACGUCUCCCAGGUUCUCUCGAAACCGGUGAUCCUCGUCCAGACUUCAGAAAAUGUGACCAAACUUUUCGGAGCAUUGCUGCGGGCCUUGCGGGCCACAGCAAAGAUCACGUACCAGGCAGUGCUGCUGGAAAACGUGGGGUGACGCUGAACCUCAUGGUCCACGUGUGGCCUUUCACGGGGCGGCCCUUUCACGGCGAAUGGCAAGGGGGUCAUCUGCACCGGAGAAAACACUCCAGAGUUCAGGUUUGUGAAGGACUGGUGGGACGCCAUCUUGCUCAUCGCCUAUCUCUGCACCGGCGUCAUCAUGCAAGCCCAGCGACAGUCCCAAAGCCAGCUGGAGCAAGACCAUGAGCCGGACCUCAAGCAGCACGUGGCGCGGAGGCUGUCGGCGCUGAAAACCCGCCGUUAUCACCACCCUGGGAAGGCGCCUCGGAGCUGGGCACAAGAGAUCGACAGCUGCGCCAUCUGCUUGGAACCAGGUCCACAAGAACCAUGUCUCAGGGUGCUGCCCUGUUUGCACGAAUUUCACCGCGACUGCGUGGAUCCGUGGCUCCUCCUGCAGCAGACUUGCCCUCUUUGCAAACGCAACAAUCCUUGGAAACUUCCAAGACAGCUAGCGAGAGGCCGGCCUGGACCUUGGAAGGUGGGCGUGGGUCAAUCAUGCCCCCGACCAAGAGGACCCUGCCCUUCCAUGGACUUUGGCCACCUUGGCAAAGCCACCGUUGCUGCCCAUCAGCCGCCCCCAACAACCUGUCCACUUGAUUCUCACAAAGCCAAGGAACAACACUAUCAGCGGCUCCUCUCCCUUAGUUUGGGUGGCAGUCAUGGAAAAUGCCCCCCAAAAAUCAAGAGCCCUCAGAGCGUGGUUUUUGGAGGUGGCUCAUGGUCUAUGAACUCAGGGAAGCAAUAG